AUGCGCAUAUUUGUCAUUCCUAUUACCCGGACGCGGUGGGCGCUGCACUGCCAUCCGACCAAUUCAGUGCCCACACGAAUUACAAAGUGGGCCAUUGUCGCCCACGACAAGUGGAGCAAGUGGAGUACGUACCCGCGCGACAGCUGGCGCGGCAAGAUAUACGCAUACGGAGAAACGCUAAUGGACAAGAUUGAUUUCCGCGAGUACUUUCUCAAAGAGAUCCCGACGAAAAGUGAGGGCGCCCUGAUGACAAAAAUGGAUAUUAUUGCGCCGAGCAUCAUUGGCCAGUCGGAGAUCCUCCAGGAGCUGCGCGCCCUGGCAGUCAUGCAGGAUCCGUACCACGGCAAAUGGAUGAAAUAUUGCUGCUAUAUGCUGCCUGUGUCGUCGUUAUUUACGCUGGUGCCUAUUAUUCCCAACUUUCCAUUUUUCUACAACCUGUUCCGCGUGUACUCGCAUUAUAAGGCGCGUCAUGGAGCUCGGCAUCUCUUGCACUUUUUGGACUCGGGCGCUUACGAGGUAGUGCAUGAUUCUGAGCUGAGC